AUGCGUUUCCUAAGCCUUGCUCUGGCCCUCUGCGGGGGUGCUGCGGCUCUAAUAAACCGCAGGGCUGAGAAUACUACGAAUGCGGCCCCCGUCGCGAAAAGCUUCAUUGUCGAAUAUGAACCUGGUCAAGCAAACAGACGUGAUGGACUCGCUUCCGCCGAAGGCGUCAAGAUUGUCAGAUUUUUCAAUAGUCCUAUUUUCUCUGGUGCGAACAUCGAAACAGACUCUUAUAGCAUUAGCAGGCUCGAGAAUAUACCUGGUGUGCUGCGCGUCUGGCCGAAUGAGCGAGUCUACCUAAACCCAGCUGAGCUAGAAGUCCUUGACGGUCUUCCAACCAACUUCAACUAUACUACUCAUAGUGUUACUGGAGUCAGUAAGCUCCAUGAGGCUGGUAUCUACGGUGAAGGAGCGAAGGUUGGAAUUGUUGACUCUGGAACAUGGUAUGGUCAUACGGCUCUUGGAGGCGGGUUCGGCCCUGGCUUUAAGGUAGCUGGUGGAUAUGACUUCGUCGGCGAUGGCGAUUGGCCUUCAGGGGAUAAGCAGCCUGACGAUGAUCCUCUUGACCACUUUGGCCAUGGAACUCAUGUCGCGGGAAUUGUUGCGGCAAAAGCUGACACAUGGACGGGUGUUGCCCCUGAAGCCACUAUCUAUUCGUAUAAGGUCUUUCCUGGUGCAACUGACUAUACCGAUACUGCAACACUUAUUGAUGCAUUCCUACGAGCGUACGAUGAUGACCAUCGGCUCGCCUGGGCCGAAGUAGCCUCUCGUCUCGUAGAUGAGGGUAUUCUCGUCACAAUUGCAGCCGGAAACGAUGGGGACCACGGCCCUUUCUACGGCAGCACUGGUUCAUCUGGCACCAAUGUCAUUGCAAUUGCUUCUGUGGAUACGGAGGUGUUCCCUGAAUUCCCCUUUGGAGCUAAUUUCACAGUUGACGGAGUUACUAGUAUUACCACCUUUGGUUAUUUUCCAUCGACUUUUUACUUCCCCUCUGCAGUGGUGGGAUGGCCCAUUGUUCCACUCUCUUUCAACACAUCCGAUCCCGCGGAAGCCUGUGAACCUUACCCCGAAGGUACUCAGAACUUGACGGGAAAAAUACCCAUCGUCAGACGCGGUACUUGCCCGUUUGCUACCAAACAAUGCCAUCUGGCUGCUUUGGGGGCGGAAUACAUGUUAUUUUAUAAUAACGAGGCCCCGUUAAUUCAGCCCGGGACAACCGACGACUCAACACUUAUCGCGCUGGUCAUUGCGGAAAUCGGAGAGGCUAUCAUCGACGCCGUCAAGAAAAACGGUACUGUAACAGCAGACUUUUCCGUAAACCCAGAGAAUCCGAUUGGUUAUGCGAAUCCUUUUGCUAACAAGCCCGACACUUUUACGCAAUGGGGGCCGUCUUUUGAUCUGGAUCUCAAGCCGGAUAUCGCUGCCCCCGGCGGCAAUAUUUUCAGCACGUACCUCAACGGCGAGUACGCAAUCAUGAGCGGAACGUCCAUGGCAACCCCGUAUGUUGCUGGCAUAGCGGCUCUUUACGUCGGCGCGACCGGCGGCCGUACCGUCCACGGUAAAGCCUUCGCGUACAGUCUCCGCAGGAGGAUAAUCUCCAGCGGAGCAGCUCUGCUGUGGUUCGACGGCACCGAUCAAGACUAUGGCUUCACUGCUAGUGUUGCGCAGGUCAGAAAUGGUUUGGUUAAUGGGUUCAAGGUCGUGAACUACACCACCGAUGUCGAGUACGAGAAGUUCAACCUGAAUGAUACUGCCCACUUCAAAGGAUCCCACCCGGUUACCGUGACGAAUAACGGCGAUCGCGACGUCAGUUACAGCUUCAAGACUAAGAGCGCUGCUGGGUCAAGGAGGGUGAAGAAGUUUGACGAGCUGGAGCCCAUAGAUCUCCCUGUCGAGGUGAACCUACCCGAGGACUUCACGCUCAAAGCUGGCGAGAGCAAGGACGUUUCGAUUGACUUCGUUAAUCCCCAAGGUUCAGGCUGGAACUCGUCCGGACUUCCUCUAUACAGUGGGAAGGUCAUACUAUCAUCAAGCGCUGGAGAACAGCUUUCAUUCCCUUACUUAGGACUUGGGGCCGACUUAAAGGCCGAGUUAAGUGACGUGUACUAUCCUGGAUAUCCAUUUUUGAAUUCCGGUCCUCAGAAUAAGGACAUCUCGGUUAAAUCAUCUUAUACCUUUAACGUCACGCGGUUCUAUCAGGACUAUCCAAAGAUCUACACACAAGUUAUCUGGGGGAGCAAGCAAGUCCGCUGGGAUAUAUACGAGGCCGGCUGGAAUGAGAGUCAAUGGUCUUAUCCGCCCGUGGAAGGCGAGAACGGCUACAUCGGGCCAGCAGCGUCCUGGAACGGCGACGGAGCAAACUUCGACGACCGGUUUUACGACCCGAACAACACUUUCACCUACCCCCUGACCGACACCCUACGCGGAGGCGGGGAUCGCACGUGGUUCGGGAAGCUGGGCAACGGUAGCCAGAUUGCCAACGGGAACUAUACGUGGCGCUUUGCGACACUGAGACCAUUUGGAGACCCGACUGUUUCAGAAGACUGGGAUAUUUGGAAGACUCCCCAGAUAACCGUCUUGGGACACUACUAAGCGAAUGAUCAGAUGGUAACAGGAUGAUUCCAAGUUCCAUAUUGUUGGAGAACUGAGUGCUUUUUGCCUCUUAUUUCGUAGAAAUGUAGGUAGGUACCUAAGGUAGUGUCAAUAUUUAGAACAGUCUUAAACCAUACAUGAUACUAGACAUCCUUUGCCUGUUACACUAUGACUUUAUGUUGCGCCCCUUCAAGCUACAAGACAUGACCUUUGAGAACUACCAUGCAACGAGCUAAACUUGGUUACAUCAUGCUAGCUGGAUAUAGCUGAGAAUUUAAACGAGACUUGAGUCUUUUCUCAGAGACCCACUUUAUCCCCUAUCUUUACUGUAAUCCCCCUUUAUACGAAAUUACUGAUUGCAGUUCAACUUCACAAAAGCCCCUUAGAUAAUUAGAAACGCACACGCUACUUAAAAUUGAAAA